AUGGCAACUCCGGCAUGGAGUCAUGCCGGCCGGAAUCAUUUGAUGGUUGCUGUUUUGGCAAUGCUCGUGGGUUACACAUUGGCAACGGAACCUUAUUACUAUAGUUCUCCUCCACCACCUUAUGAAUACAAAUCUCCACCUCCUCCCGUAAAAUCUCCACCACCACCGUACCACCACACUUCUCCGCCACCUCCAGUGAAGUCUCCUCCUCCACCAUACUAUUAUCACUCUCCUCCUCCUCCGGUUAAGUCUCCACCACCACCAUACUAUUAUCAUUCACCGCCUCCUCCUGUGAAAUCUCCUCCUCCACCAUACUAUUAUCACUCUCCUCCUCCCCCAGUGAAGUCUCCACCACCACCAUACUACUACCAUUCUCCACCUCCUCCGGUGAAAUCUCCUCCUCCACCAUACUACUAUCACUCUCCACCUCCUCCGGUGAAGUCUCCUCCUCCUCCUUACUACUACCACUCACCACCUCCACCGGUAAAGUCUCCUCCACCACCAUACUACUACCAUUCUCCUCCUCCCCCGGUGAAAUCCCCUCCUCCUCCUUACUACUACCACUCACCACCUCCACCGGUGAAGUCUCCUCCACCACCAUACUACUACCAUUCUCCUCCUCCUCCGGUGAAAUCCCCUCCUCCUCCUUACUACUACAACUCCCCACCACCACCUUACUACUACAAGUCUCCUCCUCCUCCGGUGAAAUCUCCACCACCACCAUACUACUACCAAUCACCUCCACCACCACCAAAAACCUACUCACCGCCUUACUACUACUCAUCCCCACCACCACCACCCAAAUCGUACUCGCCACCAUACUACUACACAUCUCCACCACCACCGGUAUCAUACCCUCAUCCUCAUCCCCAUCCUCACCCACACCCCAAACCACUCGUAUUUAAAGUCGUUGGUAAAGUUUAUUGCUACCGAUGCUACGACUGGACUAACCCCAAAAAGUCCCACGACAAAAAGCAUCUCAAAGGCGCUGUCGUGGAGGUGACAUGUAAGGCGGGAGACAAAACGGUCAAAGCGUACGGAAAGACAAAGAUCAACGGUAAAUACGCAAUCACCGUGGAAGGAUACAACUACCGCAAAUACGGCGGCGAGGUUUGCACGGCAAAACUUCACGCGCCACCAAAGGGAUCACCGUGUAAUAUUCCGACAAGUUACCAUUUGGGUAACAAGGGUGCUAGGCUUCAUGUGAAAUCAAAGACUAAGUACGAGGUUGUGCUUUACGCCAAGUCCUUUGCUUAUGCACCUAAGAAGCCUUAUGAGGAAUGUCAUAAACCAGCUCCUUACCAUCCACCUUACUAUUAUAACUCUCCACCACCUCCAACUCCCGUUUACCACUACUCGUCUCCACCGCCACCAAAGCCGACAUACGUUUACAAAUCUCCACCACCUCCAACUCCGACGUACAUUUACAAGUCACCACCACCACCAACACCAACUUAUGUCUACAAAUCUCCACCACCCCCAACUCCUACUUAUGUAUACAAGUCUCCACCACCACCAACUCAUUCUCAUCCACCUCCAUACUACUACCAUUCACCACCCCCACCAGUCAAAUCCCCACCACCGCCAUAUUAUUACCAUUCUCCACCUCCUCCGGUGAAAUCUCCACCACCACCGUAUUAUUACCACUCUCCACCUCCUCCGGUGAAGUCUCCCCCACCACCAUAUUACUACCACUCUCCCCCGCCUCCGGUCAAAUCUCCUCCACCACCGUAUUAUUACCAUUCACCACCCCCACCGGUGAAAUCACCCCCACCACCAUACUACUACCACUCUCCUCCUCCACCGGUCAAAUCACCACCACCACCGUACUACUACCACUCUCCUCCCCCUCCGGUCAAAUCACCACCAUACUACUACCAUUCACCACCCCCACCAGUCAAAUCACCACCACCACCGUACUACUACCAUUCACCUCCCCCACCGGUCAAAUCCCCGCCACCACCGUAUUAUUACCACUCUCCACCUCCUCCAGUCAAAUCUCCCCGACCACCGUAUCACUACCAAUCUCCUCCACCACCGGUGAAGUCUCCCCCACCACCAUACCACUACCAAUCUCCUCCUCCUCCGGUCAAAUCUCCACCACCACCAUACCACUACAACUCUCCGCCACCUCCCGUAAAGUCUCCUCCACUCUACAUCUACGCUUCUCCCCCACCUCCCAUCCACUACUAG